AUGGGGAACGAAGCGAGCCUGGAGGGAGGUGACGGGCAGCCAGCCGGGCUGCCGGAGGGGCUGGCACCGGACGGGAAGGGCGGCUUCGUGCGGGUCUCCACCGGGAGCCCCGUGGACCUGGCGGAGCUUAGCGGGGAGGAGAGGAGGCAGCUCGCCGCGGCGCUGGCCCGGGCGCAGGGCAGGCAGCCCGGAGGAGCCGCCGCCGCACGAAGACCUUCAGAAUCUGAUGCUCAGCAACGACCCCAACAGGUAGGGGCCUCCAGGGGCCCAACAGGUCUCAGUAAGAGCCGAACUGUAGACGCCUUCAACCAGGGCUCACCUGGCAAAGCCGCGCCGGGCCGCAGCCCUUCAUCCCUCAGCCUUUUUGAGUCCAGAUUCCGGCAGGAGCCUAAGGACCCUGAGACCAAGUCAGCCGGCAUGUUUGGCUCCAGCUUCCUCAGCGGGUCCAACCCCCUCAGUGCCGUGUCAUCGAUGACAUCCUCUAUGUCCUCCUCCAUAUCCUCCAUGGGCGAUUCUGUCAACAUUUCCAAGUUUGGACUGUUUGGGGAUGAGGAGGAGGGAGACGCAGCACCUGAGGCCAAGCAGGGAGGAAAGCCACCAGGGAAGGGCCCCCAGCAAGGGCCGGGUCCAAAGGGACCACAACAGGGAGGACCCCAGAAACAAGGUCAGGGGCCAAAGCCAGGGCAAGGGCCCUCUGGGCAGGGACCCAGGCAAGGCCAGGCACCGCCAGGCCAGGGUCCUCCUGGCCAAGGACCCCCUGGGCAGGCCCCUAGGCAAGGUCAGGGGCCACCAGGACAAGGACAACAAGGGCAACAGGGCCCCAAACCUGGUCAAGGACCCACAGGUCAACAGGGCCCAAAACCUGGUCAAGGACCCCCUGGGCAGGCUCCCAGGCAAGGUCAGGGGCCACCAGGACAAGGACCCCCAGGGCAACAGGGCCCAAAACCCGGCCAAGGACCCCCAGGGCAACAGGGCCCAAAACCAGGCCAAGGACCCCCAGGGCAACAGGGCCCCAAACCCGGUCAAGGACCCCCAGGGCAACAGGGCCCCAAACCAGGUCAAGGACCCCCAGGGCAACAGGGCCCCAAACCAGGUCAAGGACCCCCAGGGCAACAGGGCCCCAAACCAGGUCAAGGACCCCCAGGGCAACAGGGCCCCAAACCAGGCCCUCCCCAACAAACAGGUGGCCCUCCACAACAAGGACCAGGGAAGUCUGGACCCAAGCAGCAGGGGCCACCUGGCCCCGGGGCUCAUCAUGGGGAACCACCUAAGAGUGGAGGGCCACUUGGUCAGCAGGGACCUGGAAAGACUGGAGGUGGACUCUGUCCACUGUGUAAGACCACCCAGCUGAACACUGGGUCGAAGGAUCCUCCAAAUUACAGCAACUGCACUGAGUGUAAGAACCAGGUCUGCAGCCUCUGUGGGUUCAGCCCCCCCGACUCAGCAGGCAAAGAAUGGCUGUGUCUGAACUGCCAGAUGCAGCGGGCGAUGGGAGGUAUGGAUCCCCCCGGCAUGACAAAGCCCAAGCAAGGCUCUGCCCCGCCCUCGCCCCAGAGACAGGCGCCUGGCAAGCCUGGCAAGCUGUUGAUAAAGCAACAGAGUACUACCGACCAAGGGCUAACACCGCCAACCACGCCGAGGCAGAAAUCCCCAGGUCCUACCUCUCCGGGUCCUCUUUCCCCGGCCUCUUCGGCGGGAUCGCCCAAAAUUGACCCCAAGACAGGUCGUCCCAUCCAGCAGAAGACCACUCCCCAGCAGUCGCCGUCUAAGCCCAAACAGGAGUCCAGCUUCUUCGGGGGGUUUGGAGGUAUCAGUUUAGGGGGCCUGACCGAUUCGGCUAAAUCUCCUGCGGCUUCUUCUCAAGCUGCCGAGUCUGUUACAGGGAAACUGUUUGGCGGUUUUGGCGGUUUGAUGGAAUCGUCAAAGCCUCAGGCACAGGCUCCACCAAAGCAAGAGGAGUCCGUGUCUGGGAAGUUUUUUGGCGGUUUUGGAGGGUUGACAGAAUCCAAAUCUCCUGCUGCUGCUUCUCAGAUGUUCAGCUUUGGAUCGUCCCUCUUGAGCUCAGCCACCAAUCUCGUCGGGGGGGAGGACCAAAAGGCGGCGGAGUCUCCACCCAACUCCCCCGCUGACUCCGGAGCAGGCUCCCCACCUGAAUCCCCCUUCUCCGCGCCUGGAUCCCCCCCUGAUUCGGACUCUGCUCCUGACACCCCACCUGCCAAAUCCAAGAAACCCCCCAGAACCCUCUCUGUGGAGCAGGAAGAGAAGGCCCCAGCAGUCCAACUGGCUCCUGCCCCGGCCUCCACCACCAAGGGAAGCUGCCCUCUCUGCACGGUGGAGCUGAACGUCGGAUCAUCAGGCACGCCGAACUACAGCUUCUGCACCGAGUGCAAGAAGACAGUGUGCAAUCUUUGUGGAUUCAACCCCACUCCCCACUUAGGAGAGAAAGAAUGGCUUUGCCUCAGCUGUCAGACCCAAAGAGCCAUGUCAGGCCAGCUGGGAGACCUGCCGCCUCCAUCCAUGGCAUCCCCAAAGAAGCAGCCACCUGCUCCUGCUCCUGCUCCCGUCUCUACCCCUACCCCUGCUGCUGUAGAUAGCAAACCUGUAGUGGCAGCAGAAUUAACCCCACCAGCUCCUGAGACCAAGGUAAAAACAGCAGAGGCCUUGAAAGAGCCUGGAGAGAAGGAAGUGGCUACAAAGGUGGGAAGCCCCACCAGCCCAUCGGACAUGGCAAAGCUGGAGAAUACUGUCCUUCCCAUUCUUGAGGCCCAGGCAAACAUGCAACCAAAGGUUGAGGAAGAAAAACUAACAGACACACUAAAGGCCAGACGUAAAUUAGAGGUGCUUCCUCUCUCACCUGACUCCCCAAGCUCAGAAGAUGACAGAGAACUUUCUGAGAAGAAUGACCAAGGUACUGCAAAGAGAAAGCUCCUUGUGCCCAUGGAUAUCAGGGCAGAUUCCUUGGACGACAGCAGUGAAAGUUUUGGAAAAGAAAGUCCAAUGUCGGGAGACGAUGAGGACUUUAUCCGAAAACAUAUCAUGGAAAUGAGCGAGAAUGAAGAUGCUUCCCCGUCUGAUGAGGAAAACCUGAUCCGGCGCAAGAUCAGGGAGGAUGAAAAGAAAAAAAUGGAACAGAGGAGAACAGAGUCUAUAGAAAGGAGCGCAUCAGGAAAAGCCAGGCGACUUACCAAGAAAAGCAGUAUAAGUCCGGAUGAUGAAGAAAAGCAACUCCGUGGCUCAUUGGAUAAACCUGAUAUAGACAAAGAGGAAGGGCCAGAACUACAAGAAGUAGAGCAUCAAAUUGGUACUGCAGUUCGCAAGUUCCAAAGUAUGGAGCUGAAUGCAACUAGCAGCCCUGUGGGCAUUAAUAAUGAUGAUAAAGAACCUGAGAUGGAAUGCCUUACAGACUCUCCAGAUGAUAAGUCGAGAGGGGAGGGGUCAUCAAGUCUACAUGCAUCCAGCUUCACUCCUGGGACAUCCCCAACGUCCCUCUCAUCACUGGAUGAAGACAGUGACAGUAGCAGUCCCAGCCAUAUCCGUUCUGAUGAGGGUAAACAACACAGGAAAGCCAAACACAGACAACCUGGACAAAUGCUGCCAACUAUUGAAGACUCUUCUGAGGAGGAAGAGUUACGGGAAGAAGAAGAGCUUCUCAGGGAGCAAGAAAAACAGAGGGGCUCAGGGAAAAAAUCCAAGAAAGACAAAGAGGAGAUUCGAGGCCAGAGGAGGCGAGAGCGUCCGAAGACACCACCGAGCAACCUGUCUCCUAUUGAAGAUGCCUCGCCAACUGAAGAACUGAGGCAAGAAGCUGAAAUGGAGGAGAUCAGAAGAUCAUCCUGCUCUGAUUUCUCCCCUAGUAUCGAAUCAGAUCCUGAAGGGUUUGAAAUCCUUGCUUCGAAGAUCGUAGCAGUCCAGAAAACAUAUCAACUGCCAAUAUCAGUAUCGCUUCACUCCCCGACAGACGAUCAAAAUAACCCACAGAAAAAAACGCUUAAAUCCGCUGAUGAGGCUUAUGAGGAAAUAUUGCUGAGGGCUAAGUCACCAACAAUCGACAAAGGUGAGAUUCGACCAGAAAAGGAAUCCCUUUAUGGAGGCAUGCUCAUUGAAGACUAUGCCUACACGUCGCUUAUUGACAAUUCAUCCGCUGAUAGGGAAGAUCCAGAGAAGAUUAUUGUUCCCGGUCAGCCCAAAAUACUGAGAUCGCCAGAUGAAGUUUAUGAAGACAUGGUAAAGAAGAGGAAGGAAUUCAUUCAGCUGGAGCAGGAAUAUCAAAAAAUGCAGCCAAAACAGAACAGCACUACUCCAGAAAUUGUGCUGCAACCGGCUGAGAAUACCCUCUCAAAAAGCAGUACAGUAACAUUCGGCAAGGAUGGAAAGCCAUUGUUGGAUGCUGAAGCUGCUUAUGAGGAGCUAAUGAAAAGAGGGCUGACUCCUGGAACAAGUCCAACUCAGGAGCCAGAGGUGGAAGCCACUGCAUCAAGACGGGCACUCCACCCCAUCCCAGACUUGAGAGUGACACAGUGUUCUUCAGGAGAGUUGUCAUCUGAUGACGAGAGUAUGGUCAAAAGAGAAGAGGACGCAACUGCAGCAUCAGACACAACUUCAGCAAAAGAAACAGAGACGUUUAUUGUGAUAUCGGAGUCUCCUCCAUCAUCACCUUUGGAGCAAACUCACACCACAAUUGCAGCAUCCCAGGCUGAGGUUGUGGAUCUAUCAGGUGCACUCCCAAGAAUGUCAAACCCUGUGAUUGCGAGUGUUUCACCCUUGCCCACAGUCCCCCAGUACACACCAGGUAUUCCCAGUAUAGUGUCAACUGCCCCGCCUGUGCCCCCGAAGCCAAACAUAUUGCGUAGGGCCAAUUCUCAGGAAAAAGCAGAAGUACCUGUUGCACCACCACUGCCUCCUCCCACCCCACCUAAACCCACUGUUUUUCCAAGGAAACCUCCAGUUCCACUUCCACCUCAGGCUUCAGCAACUCCGAUCCGACCAGAGACAGUGGAUAUGACUACAACCCAAGGACCAUCUACAAGACAAGCAGUUACACCAACGUACAAACCUCAUGUUCCCCCUCCCGUUCCACCAAAGCCAUCAGUUCCUGCUGGGAUUGGCGAUAGUCACAGAACAGGACAUAUUGUUAAACCACCAAUUGCACCAAAGCCUGGCUCACAGCCUUCUUCACCUGCCCAUGCCCCAUAUCCACCAAGACCCACUGUUCUUCCUACUAGUCCUACUGAUGUAGCUCUGAAUCUGAGCCCCUCUUGUGAGAGCAAGUCAUUCCAACACUCACCAAAGUCUCCUUCUUCUCCAAGAUAUGCCAAUCGUCAUGACACAUAUGUGGUCAUCACACUCCCAUCUCAGCCCAGCUCUCCAGUAGACAGUGUCUCAACUCAAGCUCCGUCUAGUCCUGGCCCAAUGUCCCCUUCACAUCAUUAUCACCGACCACAGCCUCAACCUCAAUCAUUUCCACGGCAGCAUCCACAGCCCACCCCUCCACAAACAACCAGGGUGCCUCUGGCAUACACAAAAGUCAUGGAAUCGAUUGAAAAGCAAGAGAUGUGUGACUCAGAGAAACAUGUAUCCAGCUCUUGUCACAUAAUUGAGGCUAUAUCUGCCUCAGCUCAGUCUCCUGUUGUUAUGCCCAACCACAUCUCUCAAGUGGUAACCACAGAGGUCCAAAGGACAACUGUCUCUGUUGUUCAUGAAAGGACAACACCACCAGUGCCAGCUCCAAGGGCAAAUGGUGUACCAAUCUCAAUGGAGAAACCCAAGCCCCAAUUGCCUGCAACGAAUGGACAGGCCGUACAACUAUCUGAGGUGGUAGAUCUGAGGACUAUGAAGGGGGAUCCAGAAUCAGACAUGAACGGAGUGGAUCUGUCUGCUGGCCCCGACUCAAGGCGUCAGUCCUUUGUGACUGAUUCUAGUCGUCAAAACAGUGCAGUGCAGUCACCUGUGGUCAACCUCAGUUCUGAGUCAUCUACUGUUUCUAUUGUGACUGAUAGUAUCACCAUUGUGACCUGUGCUGCAACAAUCCAGCAAUUUGACCAUGUAGAUACCUCUCAAGCAACAUCGGUGCCCCUCCAGCUCACAAAAAAUAAAGCCUUUGAGCCUGUUUGUCAAAUUGUAUAUCGACCAAUUGAUUAUCAGCCCUCCACUCAGGUUGGUGCAGAGAUCCCUAUCAAUCUCACAGUUGGAUCGAGUGUAGGGACUUUCCAGACCAUCCCUGUCACAAUUGCACCAACUUCUGUCUCAAGUGUUGCCAAUGGAUUAACUACAGGUACAACCACAGUGGCAGGAGCUGUUGAUCUGAGCACAACCAAACCUUUCAACACUGUGGUAUCAAUGGACGGUGCUACGGCAGAAGUGGUCACAGCUGUAAUCACAGACGAUGAUGGCAAACCAGUGGAUCUCACUGCAGGAAAAAGAGUGGUUUGCUGCGAUGUUGUAUAUAAGCUCCCUUUUGCCGGAAGCUGCACUACUGAGCAAACUGCUACGCCUCUGCCUGAAGACCGUUUUGGAUAUCGUGAUGACCAUUACCAGUAUGACCGAUCACCUUAUGGAAUGAGGGGGUUUGGUGGAAUCAAACCCUCGAUGUCAGACACUAACCUAGCAGAAGCUGGCUUGUUCAUCUAUAAGAGUAAAAACAGCUAUAAUUUCAGUGGCACCACAGAGGGUGCAGUAGAUCUUACCUCAACAAAGAUUUCUGAUGCAGGUGAAGCUGUUGACUACUCCAAGAAAGGCUCUUAUGCAGGAAUGACAAUUCCACCCUAUUCUCAAGCCAGAGUUACAAGUGCUGCUGGUACACUCUUCGGUACAAGCACUGUGUUGAGGUCAACAAAUGGGGUGGUGUAUUCCUCUGUUGCGGCACCAAUCCCAUCUACGUAUGCCAUUACCAAGCAACCAGGAUCCAUCUUUAGUACGACAUAUAACACCCUGUCAGGUAUGCAUACCAGUGACACCAUGCCUUCCCUGUCCAACCUCCAGAGCUUGCCACUAACCCGCUCCCACAGUUUCCUGUCCACUAGUUCCAUUACCGCAACAGAAGAACAAGGAGAAGCCCCACUCAAUUUGGAGAUCACAAGAGGGGGUACUUCUGCUGCUGAUCCUGUCCCCACAGCAACAGCCUCUUUGUCCCUUGACACCUACACUGAUGCAUCCCUGGAGGCCAUAGCUGCUUCACUAGAAGCUCUUUCCUCACCCAUGGUUCCUGGGGAUGGCCAAUAUCAGGUAGAGCGGGAGAGGUUAGAGAUGGAGAAACUCAAGCAACAGCGCCUGGCUGAGGAAUUAGAGUGGGAGCGAAAUGAGAUACAGCGGUUCCGUGAGCAUGAACAGUUCCUGGUACAGAAAGAACUGGAAGAGCUGCAGGCCAUGAAGCAGCACAUCCUGACACAACAAGAAGACGAAAGACAGGCUCAUCUUAUGAUGCAAAAAGAAACCUAUGCCCAACAACAGCAGCAGCUGGAGCAGAUUCAGCGUCUUCAAGAGCAACUGCGUGUGCAACUGGAAGAGCAGAAGUUUCGUCAGAUGUAUCCAGGUGGAGAGAUAGGGCAUGGUGUGCAGGAGGCAGUUGUCUUAGGACCCGAUGGCACAGUACUGGCCAGAAAAAUCACAGAUAGUGGAUGCCAGACAGAUGAAGAGGAUGAGGCAGUCAGCAAAGCUUACACAGCAGGGAGAAAAAAGAGAAGUGCUAAAAAGAGUGUAGACAGUUGCGUGCAGACUGAUGAUGAGGAUCAAGACGAAUGGGAAGCUCAGACCAGAAGCAGGCAAAGCCGCCCACGCACGGCUAGGGGUGAUAGGGGAGGGCAGUCAGAGAUGUCUCUUCAAGCCCAUACUGAAAUUUCUAUACAAACAGAUUCAGAGGGGAACAUCACAAUGGACACCAGGAUAGAGCUGUCUGACUCUGAAAGGACCUCGCCAAAGAACCGACCAACACCGUUGGAAAUAGGACAAUCUACUAACCUCAAAGUUGAUUCCUCUACGCUUCAAGCUCCUAAAUCUCCAAAAGUGCUCUAUUCCCCCAUAUCCCCAGCAAUAUCCCCUAGCAAGUCCCUCGAGUUUGUUUCCUAUGAGAAAUCGCUGGGUGAUACAAGCCCACAAAAGCUAAGAGGUGGAGAGCCUUCAAAAGCCUCUCCAAUGAGUCCAAGGGGACCAAAACCCUUGCAGAGGUCCAUGUCUGACCCUAAGCCUAUGAGUCCAACAGGAGACGAAAUGACAACAUCCGGAACCCAGUUUGGUGAUAGCUAUGCUGGUAAAAGCUCUGGUAGCACACCAACAGGCACUCAAAAGAAGGUGAAGAGAACUCUCCCCAAUCCACCAUCGGAGGAUGAGUCAACAACCAGUGGCCAGACAGCAUACAGCACUGGUUCAGCCCGCCGGAGAAUGUGCCGCAAUUCCAACAUGGCACGUGCCAAGAUCCUUCAAGACAUCGAUCGAGAACUCAAUAUGGUGGAGCGUGAGUCCUCCAAGCUCCGGAAAAAACAAGCAGAGCUAGAUGAGGAGGAGAAAGAGAUUGAUGCCAAGCUGAGGUACUUAGAGAUGGGUAUUAAUCGGAGAAAAGAUGCACUGCUGAUAGAGAGAGAGAAGAGAGAAAGGGCCUACUUACAGAGUGUUGCUGAAGACAGAGACUACAUGUCAGACAGUGAGGUUAGCAACAUCCGUGAGACUAGAGGUGGGCGUGGAGCUGGUGAGGAUGAAGAGAUUGAAGUUCAUGGUCUUGAACGUCCCAGGACAGCUCCUCAGUCAGAAUUGGAUGAGUUUCUCCCACCUCAAACCAAGCACGAGUAUGGGAAAUACUCCCAGUAUCAAUACUCUCAAAGCCAAUACCAGCAGACUCUCUACGAGACUCCCCAGUCCUACCAGUCUCAUUCCAUCUAUUCCUCUGUCCCCUCGCUCACUAGCGCACAGCAGCAGAGUUACCAUCAGAUGCUACUGUUGCAGCAGAAAGCUGCAAGACAAGCAGCGCUGCUCUCAGAGCUGGAAGCAACUAAAUAUGAAGUCAUUAGUCGCCAGCCGGAUCCCACAUCAUCAGCUUAUCUAGGAGUCAAGUAUGACAAAUAUGGCAACCAUCUUGAUCUCAGAGCCUUGGAUGUCGGAAGUAUAGCAAGUAGCCCCAUGUCAGCUAUCUCUGAUUCCUAUUACACUGAUGUAGAUCACCAUACACCUCGGAGUUACAUGCUGCUGGAAGAUGCUGCAGAACUAGCUAAGGGCUCUACAGGUCUGUCGUCAUCAUAUAUUCUGGCUGAGAGGGAGCUAGCUAAGGCGGAGAAGCUGCUGCGAAGGAGUGCUGCAGAUCUGGGGUCUACUGACUAUCUGGGCUCCACCUCCAGACUCCAUACAUUUGGAAAGACCCCCGAUGAAGAGGAUACGAUGGAGGAACCGUAUGAACUGAAACUCCUGAAGCAGCAGCUCAAGCAGGAGUUUAGGAGAAGCACAGGUGGGACAGAAAGCUUAGAGCGCCUGACAGGCCUCUCCCAGGACUACUACACCCCCAGCACUGCCGUCUCUAGUUACUCCCAAAGACACUAUCCAAAGACUGACAAGUAUAGCAUCAGCCGUCUUACUCUAGAGAAGCAGGCCGCUAAACAACUCCCAGCAUCUAUAUUGUACCAAAAACACAAGACUCCGCUGGUAGAUCCUAAAAUCUCAUCCAAGUAUUCCUCGGUUACAGACAGCAGAGGUCUAGAAACAGACUAUAACAACUAUCUGGGCUCUACCAGUGCGUCUCCACGAUCCAGCCGACUUAUGCAGGACGAGAUUACCUUUGGCCUUCGUAAGAAUAUCGCUGAGCAGCAAAAGUACCUUGGGUCAACCUUGGGUGCCAACUUGGCUGGAUCCCUAAAUUUGGGCCAGAGCUUAGGUUUGGACUCUGCUUAUCCUAGUGGUAGUCGCUCAAGACCCUCAUCCAGGCCCACCUCUUGCUAUGGCCUGGAUUUGUCUCUCAAACGGGACCCUUCUAACUCUUCUCUGAGACUCAAAGGGGACGGAGAAUCAUCAGGAGAUGGACCAAGCUAUCAAACCCCCUCUGGCCGCACCAAACCUACCAGCCUUCCUAUUGUGCAAAGUGGACGUGGCCGGUUGCCCAUAGUGGCCCAGAACUCAGAGGAAGAGAGUCCCUUGAGCCCUGUCGGACAGCCCAUGGGUAUGGCCCGGGCAUCGGCAGGACCUCUGCCACCCAUUUCAGCUGAUUCAAGGGACCAGUAUGGUUCCUGCCUGUCCUUGCAGGACUCCCAGCAACAUAUCAGGGAAGAGCCGACCAGGGGUAGGGGUUAUGUGCUCCUGGAUGACCUUCAGGGCACCAUGUCAGAUAGUGAAGCCCUAAGUGACUCCCUGAUGGCUUUGAACAGAGACGAUGCGACCAAUGCCUACCACCUUAGACGAGAGGAGACAGACUGGUUUGACAACCCGAGAGAUGGGCGUUUGGACAACGUACAAGACAAGAGACAGGGAAAAGCCCCAUACUACCCCUUCCCUCACCUCAGGGUCAAACUGCAGAGGGAUCCCAAAGACCGCAGUGUCUCAGGAAAUGGUCUGGGUAUCCGCGUGGUCGGAGGGAAAGAGGUCCCCGGCAGUAAUGGAGACAUUGGUGCCUACGUUGCCAAAGUCCUACCUGGUGGAGCUGCGGAACAAACGGGAAAGAUUCUCGAAGGAAUGCAAGUCCUGGAGUGGAACGGAGUUCUUCUGACGGGCAAGACGUAUGAAGAAGUGCAGGGGCUCGUUGGGCAGCCGUGUAAUGAUGCAGAAGUCUGUGUCAGACUUGAUCUCAACAUGCUUGCUGAGUCUGAUGGUUCCCAGCAUCUGGAUUUCCAGGAUCACAGCAAAGGGGACAGACCUCCCCGGUCUCCAGGCGUUGACCCCAAGCAGCUGGCGGCUGAGCUGCAGAAAGUGUCCCAGCAGCAGGCUCCCUCAUCCACCUCCGCCUCAGGUCUGCCCGCCACCAGCUCAGCGACCUCCAGUCCCGCUCAGCCGGGGUCACCGUCCGUCAGCAAGAAACGCCACAGCAGCAAGACGACAGAUGGAACAAAGAUCCAGUCUCAUCCCAUCUCCGGAGAGAUACAGCUGCAAAUCCACUACGACAAGCAGCUGGGAAACCUGAUCGUUCACGUCCUGCAGGCCAGAAGCCUCGCACCGCGGGACAACAAUGGCUACUCCGACCCGUUUGUCAAAGUGUAUCUGCUGCCAGGGAGAGGUCAGGUCAUGGUUGUCCAGAACGCCAGUGCUGAAAACAAGAGGAGGUCUAAACAUGCCGGCAAGAGCCUCAACCCCGAGUGGAACCAGACUGUCAUCUACAAGAACAUCCACCUGGAGCAGCUGAGGAAGAAGACCCUGGAGGUCAGUGUGUGGGACUACGACAAGUGCUCCUCCAACGAUUUCUUGGGAGAGGUCCUCAUCGACCUGUCCAGCACGGCCCAGCUGGACAACGUCCCGCGCUGGCAGCCCCUGAAGGAGCAGAGCGAGGGCGACCACCACCGCCGCUCCCACACGAGCCAGAGCCGACACGGAUCCUCCAAACCCUCCUCGCAGCACUCCUCCCCCAAAACCACCGGCUCCUUGCACGAUAUUCAGGACUCGCCAAAAUCGUCUGUGAUCAAGAGCCGAAGCCACGGGAUCUUUCCAGACCCGGCGAAGGACACGCAGGUGCCCACUAUCGAGAAAUCACACAGUAGCCCUGGCACAUCGAAGCCUUCCCCGUCCGAGGGCCAGAGCCACAGCCAUGGACACAGCCAGCACUCUCGCUCGCACGGCGCUUCGCGCUCCAGCAAAAGCGCCGCGCGGCAGCACCAUCCGGACGGUGGCACUGGAAGCAGCGGAGGCGCUGCCAUAGCAACGGGCCCCGAUGCCCGACAGCAGUCGCAGCAGCAGCAGUUGCCGCCGCCGCCGCAACGCCUCCAACCAACUCGUUCAGGCUACAGAUCCGGCGACGCCCCGGUCACAGCGGCCUCGCUGGACAGCGGCCUCAGUGGCAGUGCCUACAGCUUAUUGGACGAAGAGGCGGAGGCGAAUGAGGUGGACAGUGCCAUCUUCCAGGUGCCCCGAUUUGGAAAGAUUCCAAACGGCACGGACCCGAUGAAAUCAUCUCUGGGACAACUUGAUGCUGAAGGUAAAUCCCAGAUAAUGGGGGAGAUAAAGAUCGCUUUGAAGAAGGAAAUGAAGACGGAGGGCGAGCAUCUGGUCCUUGAGAUUCUUCAAUGUCGCAACAUCACCUACAAGUUCAAGAGCCCGGACCACCUGCCCGAUCUCUACGUGAAGCUCUACGUGGUGAACAUCGCCACCCAGAAACGGAUCAUCAAGAAAAAGACCAGAGUGUGUCGUCACGACCGUGAACCGUCUUUCAACGAAACCUUCCGCUUCUGUAUGAACCCCACCGGACACUCGCUACAGCUGUUCCUCGUGUCCAACGGGGGCAAGUUUAUGAAGAAGACCCUGAUCGGGGAGGCCUACGUUUGGCUGGACAAGGUCGACCUCCGCAAGCGAGUGGUGAGCUGGCACAAGCUCCUCGCCAGCAACGCCCAGAUCCACUCGUAG